AUGCCGGGAUUCCCAAAUCCCCACCUCCCCUUUUUCCUAAUUCUACUCCUGACCUCCAAUGCCGCCUCCUCCGCCGCCGCCAUUACCCCUUCCACCCACCAAUUCAAAGAAGCCCCCCAAUUCUACAACUCCCCUGAAUGUCCCGCAAUCGACUGGGACGACGAGCGCGACGGCGCCGCCGACGACCGCGUAGGCGGCGCGAUAUUCUGCUCGGAUCGAGCCGUCCACGUGGCGAUGACCCUCGACACGGCCUACAUCCGCGGCUCCAUGGCCGCGAUCCUCUCCGUCCUCCAGCACUCCUCCUGCCCGCAGAACAUCGCCUUCCACUUCGUCGCCUCCCAAUCCGCCGACGCGUCGGCCCUACGCGCCACCAUCUCUUCUUCCUUCCCUUACCUCAACUUCCGGGUCUACUCCUUCGACGACUCCUCCGUCGCCCGGCUAAUCUCCACCUCAAUCCGCUCCGCGCUCGACUGUCCCCUCAAUUACGCCCGCAGCUACCUCGCCAACAUACUCCCCAUGUGUGUCCGGCGGAUUGUCUACCUCGACUCCGACCUCGUCCUCGUCGACGACAUUGCCAGGCUGGCAAGGACCGACCUCGGGGAGAGGGCGGUGCUGGCGGCGCCGGAGUACUGCAACGCCAAUUUCACUUCCUAUUUUACCCCUACGUUUUGGUCCAACCCUUCUCUGUCGCUCACUUUCGCCGACAGAAGGGCGUGCUAUUUCAACACCGGGGUUAUGGUGAUAGAUCUGGAUCGGUGGAGGGAAGGGGAUUAUACAACCAAAAUCGAGGAGUGGAUGGAGCUGCAGAAGCGAAUUCGGAUCUACGAAUUGGGUUCCCUGCCGCCUUUCUUGCUCGUCUUCGCCGGCGAAAUCGUCCCCGUGAACCACCGGUGGAACCAGCACGGCCUGGGAGGGGACAAUUUCAGGGGGCUUUGCCGGGAUUUGCAUCCGGGGCCGGUGAGCUUGCUGCAUUGGAGCGGGAAAGGGAAGCCGUGGGCCCGGCUCGACGCCAAUCGGCCGUGUCCGCUUGACGCGCUCUGGGCUCCGUACGAUCUGUUGCAGACGCCGUUCGCUUUGGAUUCCUGA